UGGCUGCCUGACUUGGGAGAUGGAUGGGCUGGGGGAGCUGAGAGGUGUCUUGGAGGAGCAGGACCAGGCAGAUCCCCAGGACGGUAAGCAACAUUUGGGAACUAUUCACUAACGCUUCUCUACAGGUUUCCUCUCGGUUCAUUUUCUUGCUGGGGUGUCGGUGAUGCCAUCUGAGUUGCUGUCAGGGGUUUAGUCUGAUGAAGGGUUUCCAAAUAGAUCCAAGCUGCCAGUUUGGGGGGAGCUUCUGAUUGUGUAGUUACUGGUUUCUCUUAGCUCAAUACCAGGGUCCUUAGGGAAGAAUAAAUGUGAAGAAGGGGAAAGGCAGGGCAUUCAGAAGGACGUGAGAUGGUGAAGGGAGGUUCUCAAGGGACUCCUCCUGGGCGUGCAGUGACCUGUGAUUUCUCCCCUCAGGUAGGGGUCCCACAGCUGGGUGGUUCUAAGCCACCACGUGUGUGAAAGGCCGAGGGAUGCUGGUUCUGCUUCUGCAUGCGGCGGUCCUCUGCCUGCCCAGCACCGGGGCUGCGAGAGCCUGCGCGCGCUCCUGCCCAGCCGCCUGCGCCUGUAGCAGUGUGGAGCGCGGCUGCUCGGUGCGCUGUGACCGCGCCGGCCUCCCACAGGUGCCCGCCGAGUUCCCGUGUGAGGCGGUGUCCAUCGACCUGGACCGGAAUGGACUGCGCUUCCUGGGUGAGCGGGCCUUCGGCACGCUGCCGUCGCUGCGUCGCCUGUCGCUGCGCCACAACAACCUAUCUUUCAUCACGCCCGGAGCCUUCAAGGGCCUGCCGCGCCUGGCCGAGCUGCGCCUGGCGUACAAUGGCGACCUGCGCUACCUGCACGCACGCACCUUCGUGGCGCUCGGCCGCCUGCGCCGCCUCGACCUGGCUGCCUGCCGCCUCUUCAGCGUGCCCGAGCGCCUGCUGGCCGAGCUUCCGGCCCUGCGCGAGCUCUCCGCCUUCGACAAUUUGUUCCGCCGAGUGCCGGGCGCGCUGCGCGGCCUGGCCAACCUGACGCACGCGCACCUGGAGCGCAGCCGCAUUGAGGCGGUGGCCUCCAGCUCGUUGCAGGGCUUGCGGCGCCUGCGCUCGCUCAGCCUGCAGGCCAACCGCGUCCGCGCGGUGCACGCCGGCGCCUUCAGCGACUGCGGCCUCCUGGAGCACCUGCUGCUCAAUGACAACUUGCUGGCCGAGUUGCCGGCCGACGCCUUCCGCGGCCUGCGCCGCCUGCGCACUCUCAACCUGGGCGGCAACGCGCUGGGCCACGUGGCGAGCGCCUGGUUUACCGACCUGGCCGAGCUCGAGCUGCUCUACCUGGACCGCAACAGCAUCGCCUUCGUGGAGGAGGGUGCCUUCCAGAACCUCUCAGGCCUCCUCGCUUUGCACCUCAAUAGCAACCACCUCUCUGUGCUCGCCUGGGCCGCUUUCCAGCCCGGCUUCUUUCUGGGCCGCCUCUUCCUCUUCCGCAACCCCUGGUGCUGCGACUGCCGCCUAGAGUGGCUGCAGGACUGGAUGGAGGGCUCCGGGCGUGUCACCGACGUGCCGUGUGCCUCCCCGGGCUCUGUGGCAGGCCUGGACCUCAGCCACGUCUCCUUUGGGCGCUCCUCUGAUGGCCUCUGUGUGGACCCCGAGGAGCUGAACUUCACUGUGUCCAGUCCAGGCCCAUCCUCAGAGCCAGAGGUUACCACCAUGAGCAGGUUCAGCAGCCUCCUUUCCAAGCUGUUGGCUCCAAGGGCCCCUGUGGAGGAGGUGGCCAACACCACUGGGGAGCUGGCCAAUGCCUCCCUGCCCCGUGGCCUGCCUUCCAGUGGGAUGGGAGGCUUGGGCUGCAAGUCCACGAUUCUCCUGGCCUCUUGUUUUCUGCUCCAUGUGGCCCACACGGAGUAUUAGGCCUGCAGAUGAACUGA